CACACGCUUAAGUACUUUGAGCUUCACGGAAGCCCAGGCAUCUCUACCUUAAGAGGAUCUUCGAGGUCAGGGUGGCACAAUCCUUCCUUCCCCCAGCACAGCGGCCAGAUCAGGCAGAUUACAAGCAGCCCAGCAAGGCCACAACAGCUUCUGUGUCCCAGUUCAUCUUAAAUAAGGACGCCAUCUUCUUUUAUUGUUCAAGAAAGAAGUGUCCUUGUCAUACAACAGGAAAAAAAUGCUCUUUUGGCUGUUAGCCUUUCUGAUUCUUUGUGGUUUUCUGUGGAAUUAUAAAAGACAGCUAAAGAUCGCAAACAUCACUGAUAAAUACAUUUUCAUCACUGGGUGUGACACUGGCUUUGGAAACUUGGCAGCCAGAACUUUUGAUAAGAAAGGGUUUCAUGUAAUUGCUGCCUGUCUGACUGAAUCGGGAUCAACAGCUUUAAAGGCAGAAACUUCAGAGAGGCUUCACACCGUGCUUCUGGAUGUAACUGACCCAGAAAAUGUCAAGAGGGCUGCCCAGUGGGUGAAAAACCAAGUUGGGGAGAAAGGUCUCUGGGGUCUGAUCAACAACGCCGGCAUUCUUGGUGUGUUGGCACCCAACGACUGGCUGACGGUCGAGGACUACAGAGAACCUGUUGAAGUGAACCUGUUUGGACUCAUCAGUGUCACGUUAAACAUGCUUCCCUUGGUCAAAAAGGCUCGAGGGAGAAUUAUCAAUGUCUCCAGCAUUGGGGGUCGGCUUGCAUUUGGUGGAGGGGGCUAUUCUCCAUCUAAAUAUGCAGUAGAAGGCUUCAAUGACAGUUUAAGGCGGGACAUGAAAGCUUUUGGUGUGCACGUCGCUUGCAUUGAACCAGGAUUGUUCAAAACCAAUUUGUCAGAUCCAGAAAAGGCUGCUGAAAAAAAACUUGCCAUUUGGAAGCAUCUGUCUCCAGACAUCAAACAACAAUAUGGAGAAAGCUACAUCAAGAAAAGCCUAGAACAAUUGAAAGGCACUGCGUCCUUUGUGAACGUGGACCUGUCCCUGGUGGUGGAGUGCAUGGACCAUGCUCUCACAAGUCUCUUCCCUAAAACCCGUUAUGCUGCUGGAAAAGAUGCCAAAACUUUCUGGAUCCCUCUAUCUCAUAUGCCAGCAGUUUUGCAAGACUUUUUAUUGUUGAAACAGAAAGUAGAGCUGGCUAAUCCCAAGGCAGUAUGACUCAGCUGAUGACAAAUACCUGCCCCAGGCUGUGAAAUUGGCUGAUUUCUAGGACACAUCUCCUCAAUCUCAUUCUUUACCUAAUCCAAACUGGACUCAUUUAGAUCAAACUUCUUUUGGUAAAAAGACGGGCUGCCACCAUCACCUUUGAGGUCCCAGGGUCCCUCCUCAAAUUUUUCUUGAGAAGGUGGGCAGGGGUGGUACCUGCCCGAUAUUUAGUCUUUGCCUGCUGGUUAUAAUGUAUGGAAAGUGGACAGGCUUUCCCAUCCAAAAUGAUUUUUCACCCGUGCCUGACCCAUGCUUCUAACCCCACCACUUAGAGUGACUCCUGAAUGUUAAAUAUUUGUCCCUGAUCAAAAUAUUAAGAGAUAAGUAGAAUAAUUUCCUAAAGGGG